UUCAAGGGUAGCAGAGCAGGGAGGCAAAGUGGAUCGGCUACUGUUGUUUAUGCGAUUUGGACUUCUGAAUUUACAAUUCAGCUUUAGAAUAUAAGAAAGAGAUAUAUAUGAAAUAUAUACGUCAAACAAGGCUAUGCGAAGGUGCGUUUCUACGCAAACGUGAGCAAAGUUAAAUCAGUGGUUCUCUAGACAAUCUAGCCUAGCUACUGCAGUGCAUCCCUGUACAGUAUUUUGGAGAUACAGAAUGACGCGCUGCAUUCAGUGCAUUCUUUGACUGGCUCUUCGAUAGAGUUUUGAUUGCGAAAGCAAAAGACCACAGAAUUCAACGACAGAGACUGGUUUCUUUCCCUAUAACUGUCUAUCAACCGGCAUAAGAGAAUUGGAUAGCUUACGUUCACUGCCGUUUUGAUGCUGUUCAGCCAGCAAAUACAAAGUCUGCGUCUUCUGCAGCCAUAGAAAACCCACAAAUCCAGUCUGGGAUUUCAACUGACAACCUAAGAAAGUCCAUCCAAGCUCUUCAGUAUCCAGUAACUGAGUAAUGAUCCAGACUUUGGAGUAGAGCAUCCAGUGACCCCCCCCUUAACCUCCAGUACCCCACUAAGAGAGAGCUUUCCACGGGUCCAUUCUCCACAGCCGCAGAACACCCUCACUUUGACUUUCAUGAUAAAGCUGAGAAAACAAUGGAACCGUUUCAGCUUGAGCGUCAGUCCAGAGCUGCCUUCUGAGUAACAGGCUGUCCAACAGUCGGAGGGAAGGACAGUAUGGAUGAGAGUGAACUCGUCUUUCUGGGAAGCCAUGACGACGGCCCUGCUGUGGCCUUCUCCAAAGAGAAGGCUGGACAGGUCAGGGAGGUCAGGGAGGUCAGGGAGGUCAGGGAGGUCAGGGAGGUCAGGGAGGUCAGGGACCGCUGGCCUGGCUCAGGCAUGGGACUAGGUUUGGGGCUGGAGCCAAAUGAGGGACAAUGCUCCUCAGGCUUCCACGCCUCGCACUCCCCCUCCUCCCCAGAUACGCUGGCUAACCUGGCCAUGGCCUCGUCACCACACCCCGGCCUGGUGAAGUCCACCUCCACAGAGCUGGAGAGCAAAGAGGCAGAAUCCUUACUAGGCACCAAGCCCUUACUUAGCCUGGUCAAGUCCCUCUCCACCGAGAUCUCCCGUCGUGAGCCUGAUAUCUACCUGUCCAAGUCUGACUCAAAGCUUCACAUGCCACCCUGGAAGCAGUUCAACCAGCCCCAACCCAGGCUUCAGGACGCAGGUUCAGGAGGUGACAACUUAGUGACACCCCCGUCCCCUAUCUCACCCACGGAGCUCAAGGGAAGCUCCCUGAUGACCGAGUUUGAGGACACGCGAAGGAAGUUCUCUGAGGCCAUCCAGGACCCCAUGAGCAUGUGGGGUAAGAUGAUGGGGGAUGAAUCGAGCACUGGGAGUCCCAAGCAGAGGGUGUCUGGUGGGGUUGGGGACUCCCCGGCCUCCCAGGUUAGCUGCGGAAGUGCUGGGAGUGGUACCUCAAUGAAUGAUGACAAUGGGACCGGGGAGACCAUAGUAAGGUACAGACUCAGAACAGACAGCAAACAGGGUGUGUGUGAAACCCCAAUGAGGCGACCCAGAAAGGGCCCCCCGAAGCCCUCAGUCACCCCAGAGCACCAGGGCCAGCUGGGGGGCAGCCGCUAUGAGAUAUGCACCAACGGAGACGUCAUCCAGGUGGUUGAGGUCCAGGAUGCGGAGCCUCAGGGAGCUGGUACCAGAGACCGGCGUCAAGGGAACCGGCCCCAGGCCCAAAGCAGGAUUCCUGGGGUCCCCGUGGCCUCGGUGCCUGUCCGCUGGCUCUGCCUUGUGGGCGUCCUGGCCUACGGGUUCCUGGUGCUCCCGCUGCCUUCCUAUGUGACCGGGCUUUCCCUGGGGCUGGUGUGUGGCUUCCUGUUAGGACUGAUGGUGGUCCUGGUGCUGACGCCCCGUCGGCGCUCAGGCGCCUUGCCACCCUGGGGCAGUAGGGGGAACCGGUGGUCCCCAGAGAACAGCCUGUUGUCCGCCGACUCUCCCGGUGGGACACAGAAGAGUGCAGAGAUCCUGGAGGGCUGGAUGAAUGAGAUGCACGCUUACGACCCGGAGACGUACCACCCGUCCCUCACCCACUCUGUGUAUGUGACCCUGGAGGGCAGCCUCCUGUGUCUGGCCUACCCCUGCACCAACAUCCCCCGACAGGCAGCCUUCCACAGACAGUCCCAUGACGCCGUGUUCCUGCGCUCGCGCUACUACCAGCUGGCCAACUGCAAGGUUUCCCUGUUGCCUGCUGCUUUGGCACGGAAGAGAAUUUGGAACAAGAAGUACCCCAUCUGUAUCGUGCUGGCCAAUGGAGAGGUGGGGAGAGAGGAGAAUCUGGAGGAGGAGCAAGGGGAGGAGGAGAGAACAGACAAGCAGAUGCUCCCAGACACACAGUCGCAGGGCCUCCCUGUCACCCUUUACCUCUUUGGUCGUACAGGAAGGGAAAAGGAAGAGUGGUUCCAGCACUUCCUGUUAGCUGCGAGGCCUGAGGUCAAGAGCAGCCCAAUCAGAGAUGUGUCCAAGUCUGAGGUCUUUUGCAGUGGGGGGUCCAGUAGUGGCACUAUAGACGACCUGCCCCCUCUCUUGGGCCUACAGGACUACACUUCCUAUAUGAGUCGUCUCAUUGGCUUUGAAAGCGGCAGCCCCGCCCCCAGCCCCUGUCACAGUGAUCCAGAGAGCCCCAAAUCCAUUAAGAGGCCCCCCAAUGAGGAGGCAUCAGCAGCUGAAGGAUGCCCAACAGCAGGCCAUCCGGCCUGGGUGAAUGCCUUGGUGGGGCGGAUCUUCUGGGACUUCCUCCGGGAGAAGUACUGGGUGGACAUGGUGGCCCACAAGAUCCAGAAGAAGCUGAGUAAGAUCAGGUUGCCAUACUUUGUGAAUGAGCUGAAGCUGGCUGACCUGGACAUGGGGACUUGCAUACCCCAGUUGCUCAGCAUCUCAAAACCCUCCCUGGACCACCGAGGCCUCUGGUUGGAGCUGGAGGUGGUGUAUACAGGCUGCCUGCAGAUGACCUUGGAGACUAAGCUGAACCUCUGUAAACUGGGCAAGGAGAGGUGCAUUGGGGUGGAGGCUGACAGGGUCCUCCCAGAGGCAAGACGUGUAGGAUCCAGAACAAGGCUGUGUGUAUUAGCUGACAGUGAUGAGGAGUCCUCCAGUGCUGGCUCAUCUGAUGAGGAAGAAGUGCCUCCGACAGAGCCCCAGGGAAUUCUGGGAGAAAAGUGCACAGGCUUGCCACCAUCUGUCACUGAUGGUGGUGGCAGCACUGGCAAACGGUUUCUGAGGUUUGUUGACAAGAUUGCCUCAUCUAAGUACUUCCAGAAAGCCACGGAGAAUGAGUACAUCAAGAAGAAAAUUGCAGAGGUCUCCAACAUGCCACUGAUGCUUACUGUGGAGGUUCUAGAACUCUCUGGAACUCUGGCUGUUAACAUUCCACCUCCCCCUACGGACAGGAUAUGGUACAGUUUUCGUGUUCCUCCCAGGCUGGACCUGCGCGUGCGUCCCAUGCUAGGGGAAAGGGAGGUCACCUUCACACACGUCACUGACUGGAUAGAGAAGAAGCUUGGUCGAGAGUUUCAGAAGGAGUUUGUGAUGCCCAACAUGGACGACCUCUACCUUCCUCUCAUGACCUCCGUGCUUGACAACCCUCCAGCGUCCCAGCAUUCCCCUGACCGCUCGUCACGCCGUUCCUCUACUGACUCCCAGCGCGUUGUGUCCGAAUAGCCCCUGGCUCAGGUGAAGGAUUGGAAAAGACGUGGGAAACCGUAGUCAUAAUGGAAAACCAGUGGGCGUCCACAAGGUGGAUGAUGAUAGGAAGGUGGAGCGAAGGGGUGGAGCCAAGGUGCCUCAGUCCCAGCUUAUGAGUGACCUUAAAGUUGUGUUGGGCGUGAACAACGUAGCAUGGCGACUGCAGAGUGGCAUCUGAAAGGACGAAGUGGCAUGACUGGCAUGGCUUUACGCUCUGAGCUGAAGAGAGGAACUCUGAGGGUGAGAAGAAUGUCGUGUUGGGACAGACAUUGGUACAGUGCACCGGUCUGACAUCAGAUAGUUCUGCAGUACCAAACUGACCGGCAAUAGCCCUGUAGUGAACACAGUAGUCAGUCCAAAUCCGCACCCUAUUCCAAAGUACACUCAUUUUGAACAAUUGCCAGCUAUGGAAGUGCACUACACAAGGAAUAGUGUGCCAUUUGGAAGGGAUGACGUGUCCCUGUAUGACAACCACACAAGGCUCUACAUGUAACUCCAGAUUUGUACUGAAUCUUUUUGUCCUCUCAACUCUCGGUGGUAAUGUUUACUGUUGUGUCACGUCAGAUGGCGAAGUGAUUCCACCUGCUCUCGGUUGAGGGACGAGCCUCGCGAGGGUCUGACGCCAUCUCACUUAAGACAAUGGGACUGGCCAGAACUCUUUAGUUGGCCUAACAAAAUGGACUCCUUCAGCGAUUCUGGUACGCUGGUAAAGCGAUGACGUCAUAAGCUCUGGUGACAAGCAACAUUUUAAAAAGCUGUUUACCCAUUGACCUGUUGGUUUUCACAGCAUUUCUGUGUUAUUUCCAGGCGGGCUAAAGCUGCAGGCGUUAUUGGGAGGGACUGAAUCAUGUUGUGGGCAUGAUCUUUACUAAGUGUUGGGAAUCAACAAGCGACUCUGUUGAGCAGGUCGCCGUAAGCCAAGGUGAUUUUAAAUAUUCACUUCUGCUUCUUUGGCUGGUGUUUCUACUCUUGAGUUUUGUUGGUGUUUGGCAGUCAACGUUAAUGAAGCGUUGUCACAACUUACUGUACUAAAGGGUAGAUCCGAGAUUCAGAGAAAUGACCAUAUAUCCCUUAGUAAUCCCUAAACGCACUGUAUAACGUUAUACCUAAAUUCAUAUAACGUUCUCUGACAGUCGUUAUUCAACGCUUAACCCCACUAUUAAGAUGUCCUGUAUUCUGUCUUCAAGGAACCUUCAAGGAAAACAAAUAACACAUUGCGUGAGUUUGCUUAUGAUCCAAGUUAAAAGUUGUAUUUUAUCACCGUUAUAGCCAGGUAAGGUUAUGCUUCUGUUUCUCAUCAACAGCCAAACAGAAAGCGUCGCUCACAUUAACUACCCAGUAACAAGUAGGCUAUUGAAUGAAUCAUGAUUUCUAGUGAAUAUUAGCUGAUUUCGGCAAAAUCCAUGUGAUAUUACCCUUCCACUUUCAGUCCCAAACACAUCUCAAAGAAACAAACAAAAUACUAACUAGACCGAACUGAAUUCUAUGUUGCCAUUAUUUCUAAUUUUCCUUUUCAGAGGGUGAAUAUAUAAUGUAAUCCCACAACUGUCCCUGUGUCCUCCAGCAGAGUAGCCCACCUGCACUGACUCUUUGCAGCCUUGACUGACAGCUGGAGUUGCGAUCUCGUCCUCAAAGGCGUCGCUAGGAUCACAAUACAUUCAGGGCCCCGCCCGGGGCUGAAAGUACAGGGUUUUGAAUGUACGUGUGGAAAAUCUCGAUGUACAUGCUAGCGGCCUACACGUCUACACUGUCAUAAUGUGCAAUCGUAAUUAUAGAUGAAUAGAUCAGGGGCUAUUUUUAUAUUAUUAUAUUGUUUGGUCUAUGUGAGAUCCGGUGCUAUUCAUAAAAGAACCGGGGAUAUAGCCCCGGACGCCCAGGCCUAAUGACGCCACUGACGCCACUGCUUAUCCAUGGCUGUUAUCUACAAAUGUAUUUGAUGAGAUUUAAAAUGACACUGAAAACAAGAUAACUAGUUAAUGAGAAGUUAGUUUGCUAAUGACAAUUCAUUUAACUAAACUAAACCAUUUUUUAAUUUUUUUGUAGAUGUAAAGUGCAGCGAACAAGAAUGUGGAUGGAUUUCAGGAUAAAAUAAGGAUCACCAGUCUUUCUGGGGUCCACACAAAACAUCCACCAUGACAUAACACACAACUACAUUCACAACACUGACACACCCCUCUGCUGAGACCCAGAACCGUAUACUGAAUACAACUUAUUUUGUAAAUACUCAAUACUGCUCUGUAUCCCCUACUUUACUGUUUGGUGUCACCACUCUGCCUACCGUCAUUCAUUUCUGUUCGGAUCAUAAAGAAGUCUCAGUCUGAGUAGAGUUUAGCUGUUCAGGUGAUCAACUGUAACCACGUUCUGAAUCUAACCACCAGGCAGAAAUAAACUCUAACUACCCUUUCCCUUUUUUACCACCUGUCAAACAGAUUUGUGGAGACAAAGGCAAAACAAAACGUGUUUGUCACCAGAGACGUUUGACUUUACCAGCGUAUUGCUACUUUAUAAAAGUGACUGCAGCUCUGAGAAAAUCCCUAGGAUAUUGUUGGUUCUCUGAAAAGCUACUUUCUCAUCUUUGCUUAUUUUAUUUUUAUAUUUAGAUGAAGGCAGUGAAUGCCUUUCUGCAUGUAUUUUUGUACAGCAUACUUGCCUUCCAUUGAUCCAAUAAUUAAUAAAAAAGAUUGUAUGGUCAUGCUAUAAAUGUAUUGGGACUGACUGGUUGUACAAGAUUAAAAGAACUACUCAUAUAAGAAUAAAAAGGGACAAUUCAGAUGUACUGGAUGAUAUAAAUACAUGGUAAUGUCCCACACAAAUGAUCAUGUGCCACCAAUAAACAUUCUCUUAUAGGGAAUACAACGCUUUAAAGUGCAACCAUUUACCUCAGAUAUGCUGUUAAAUAUUUUGCCUGUCAACCUGUAAAUAACAUAGUUUAGCACAGGUGCUCCUUAUAAAAAAACAUCCAAGUAGAGCCCUGGAAUAGGCUUCUGUUUUGGGAGUGUCCCUAAAG